ACCGCAGCUAUGAAUUAUAAAUGAAAUAAAAUUAGUCAACAUCUUCGAAACUCUCAAAACGUCUGGUGUAUUUUCAAUCUUACUGAUAGAAACUUUAUGUUUUCGUUGAUAAUUGAUGAUGAUGUUUGUUGCUAUCAUUCUUCUCUCUAUUUUUUGUCCAUCUGUGUUAUCAGUUGAUCUAGUUUGGAACAGAGUUUCGAUGAAUGACCAUGUACAGCCAAGAGGAUGUUACAAAGCACAAUCCUGGGUGGAUAACAAGGAGCAACUGUGGCUCUUUGGGGGUGUGACCUAUACGUCAAAGAAUGGUUCCAAUGUUUUAAAAUAUGUACAUGAUCUUUGGCGUUUUGAACUGAAAUUUCACAAAUGGCAAAAAAUGGAUUACAAACAUUUAUCAAAUAGCCCAACAUUCAUCGACAAAGGUUUGACAAGUUAUUGCCUAGGGGAUGCCUAUAUAUUUGGACAUAUUCUACAUAAAAAAAAUGAAAGAUUAUGGUUAUACAACAUGUCUUCAAAUAUAUGGAAAUAUCUUCAUUACCCAAGAAACAACACAGGUUAUUCAUGUGUAGCCAUGUGGUGUAACGAGACUUUAACUGUUAUCAAACUAUUGUGCCUCAAACAAAACAUUAUUAAAUUGUGGCAUUAUGGAAUUGUGACAAAGAACUGGAGUUUACAUAUGUCCACGCUUCUUACAAAGUCUGUUAAAAAUUCCCAUUUGUUGUUUUUAUCAUCAAAAUAUGUUUGGUCCUAUCCUGGUCUUCUAUCUGCUUCCAAGUUGUUGAUUGUGAAAAAUAAUGUGUUCAGUGUAUUACAAGUAAAUAAAACUGGCAAAGAGUUCUUUGCCACAAGAAAGGGGUUUGUACGUUGGAUUGAUCGUAUGGGUAAUCUCAAUUUGCUGGGAGGGAAGGUAUCUAGGUAUGCAGCUUCAAAUUACUCUUCUGAUCAUUGGAUGUUAAAUAUGUCCAAUCACAUUUGGGUGAAAAUCAUGUCAAAAAGUGUAAAACCUAGGGCAAGGUUUGGAGCUUGUGUUUGGUAUGUCAAGGAUCAGCUAUGGCUGUUUAGUGGUUAUAGGAAGGAUAGUAAAGGACAUAUUGUGAUUGAGAGGGAUCUAUGGAAAGGAAGAAUUGUCUAUCCUCAAGCUGACAUUCAUUCUAAAACAAAAGCUAGUGAAGAUAAUUUACCUGGAGAUACACUAAAAUUGUCAUUGAUUAAUAAAUUGAUAAUCUCUAUGGCGACACUCUGCAUUGUCAUGGUGAUUAGCAUUAGGCUAUGUUACAAACGAGAAUUGUAUCAGGUGCUGUCAAAAAUGAGCAAACAAAGAGUUGUCUACCAUCAGGUCAGCCAAGAGGGUGAGAAAAACAACAGGUUAUGAACAAAAAAUAUUUAUUGUACUAUGUACAUUUUUUGUAUUCUAUAGGUGAUGUUGAUAUUCAUGCUUGUUGUAUUUAUAAGACUGAAAUUAAUAAUUGAUGUAUUUAAAAAAUUAAUUGAUUUAUAGAAACAUGUACUUAAUUAAUAAAUUUAUUUAAAUGUUUAGUCUUGUGGCAUACAUGAAUUUAAUUAGUAGAAAAUGAAUAAGGAAUCACACAAAACAACACAUUAAUAAAAUGUGUCUCUAUCUGAAA